AUGGAUUCCUCUGAAAACGAAAGUUCUUCCCAUCGAAAGAAGAGGGCAAAUCCUGUUAGCUACCAAAGAAGCAUUAUUAAAAAGGCACGUGUAAAAGGCGAACCUUACAAGGGUAAUAAUAUUCCUGGCAAAAUACUUGGCUCCGCAUGCAGCUCUCGAGCGAAAUGUUUUGAAAAAUUCUCCAACGAAGAACUGCAAUCAAAUAUGGUGCGCUUUAUUUCUCUUGAAUCUAAGGAUCAACAGGACAUAUUUCUGCAAAGACUGAUAGAGGUUCGAAGUAUACAGCGGCGGCGCGCUAGGGUUGAGGUGGGAACUAAAGCAAAAUCCAAUACCUUUAAAUACUACACAUUCAAAGAUUCAGACAAGAUUGAAGUUUGUUUGAAAGCAUUUAUCUCAGUCUAUGGUAUAACUUUGGGUCGAGUUAGAAGACUUAAAGAUCUUGCCGUGCUAGGAAAAUCCCCUAGAUACUUACGUGGAAAAAAUCCAAGUGGUAAUAAACUCGGCGAAGAAGUUCAGUUUGCUGUUCGAGAACACAUUCAGUCGUUUCCCGUUAAAUUAAGCCAUUAUGCAAAUCGAGAAGUUAAGUACUUAAAUAGUGAGCUGAAUUUAAAGAUUAUGUACGACUUAUUUAAGGAAAAAUACCCCACAUUGAAAGUCAGCUACCCAUAUUACACGAAUUACGACACACAAAGAAAGGGUCGAGUCGAGGCUUCGCAAUUCAUAGACGGAGCUUUCCACCACACAUUCAAACUCCAACAGUCAGGGAAGACUGCAGUAGCAUUACCUUCUCAACAGGCCUAUCCAUUGGGAAAAGUCCCUAUAAAGAUGACAAAAAUGGAACACAUAAGAAAAUGUGCAGCGUUUGUAGAAGAUGAAUAUCAAGAAUUCUAUACUUCAAUACUUAGUUGGCCAACUACUUCCAAUUAG